AUGGGAUUUACUGUCUUCAUUCUUUCUUUUUCAUGCAGUCUCUCAGUCUUUCUCUUUUCUUUCUUUCUUUCUUUCCUUUCUUCCAUCCUUCUUUCUUUCUUUCUUUCUCUUUCUUCGUUUGUUUGUUUCUUCAUUUCUUUCUUCGUUUGUUUGCUUUUUUUGUUUUUUUCCUUCGUUUCUUUUUUCGCUACUUUUUUGUUUGUUUGUUUCUUCUUUCUUUCUUUCUUCGUUUGUUUGUUUCUUUUUUCGUUUUUUUUCCUUCGUUUCUUUCUUUCGCUUCGCUUCGUUUCUUUCUUUUUUUUUUUCGUUUCUUUCGUUGUUUCUUCUUUAUUUCUUCGUGUUUUUGUUUUUUUCCUUCGUUUCUUUUUUCGCUUCUUUUUUGUUUGUUUUUUCUUUCUUUCUUUCAUUUUUCGUUUCUUAUUCCUUUCUUUUCUUUCUUUCUUUCGCUUCGCUUCGUUUCUUUCUUUCGCUUCUUGUUUCUUCUUUCUUUCUUCGUUUUUUUUUGUUUUUUUCCUUCGUUUCUUUUUUCGCUUCUUUUUUGUUCUUUCUUUCUUUCUUUCUUUCUUUCUUUGUCCUUUCGUUUCUUUCUUUCUUUCGCUUCGCUUAGUUUUUUUCUUUCGCUUCGUUUCUUUCUUUCUUUCUUUCUUUCUUUCUUUCUUUCUUUCUUUCUUUCUUUCUUUCUUUCUUUCUAAUCCUUUGUUACUCCAUAUAAUCUUUCUUUCUUUCUUUCUUUCUUUCUUAGAAUUCUAUCUCACUUCGCCUAGUCUUUCUUUAUUUAUUUUCACCUACAUCUUUCUUUAUGAUCAUACUUUGAUUUCUUUCUCGCGUUCUUUCUUUCUUUCUUUCUUAGAAUCUAAUUCACUUUAUUUAAUCCUUCUUUUUUAA